AUGAAGAGCGAUAUAUGGAAAGUAAAACAAGAUGGAGAUGGAAUUAUGCCAGCUCUGCAUUUAAGUUAUCAAUAUCUUAAUGAAAAUAUGAAGCAGUGUUUUGCAUUUUGUUCGAUGUUCCCUAAAGACUACAGAUUCAAUAAAGCUACGUUGGUUCAAAUGUGGAUGGCUGAAGGUUUCAUUGAAGAUAAAAACACAAAGAUGGAAAAUGUUGGAAGCGAAUAUUUUCUUGAGUUUGUUAAUAGGUCUUUCUUUCAAGAAUUUGAAUAUGAUGGAUUUGUGAUGCAUGACCUUAUACAUGAUUUAGCUGAAAUGAUUUCUGCGGAUGAGACAUAUAGGAUUGAAAAUAAUAGACAAACAAAGAUGCUUUCCACUAUUCGGCAUCUACGAGUAAAAGAAGGAAAAUUGCCGUUGGAGUUCUCUGGAUACGAAAAGUUGCGCACAUUGCUGUUGAGAAAAAAUUCACCUCCUGAUAGCCUCUUUGAAAACCUAAGAAGCAUUCGCGUUCUGGAUGUAAAUGGGUGUGGUUUGCCGGAGUUAUCUGAACAUAUUGGAAAAUUAAUUCACCUCCGUUACCUUGAUUUAUCAUACAAUUCUGAAAUUAAAAUUUUACCUGACUCAUUAUGCGACCUUUAUAAUUUGCAAACGCUGAAGGUAAAAGGUUGUUCUGCACUAGAGUCUAUACCACAAGGAUUGGUUAAGUUGGUCAAUUUGAGAUACAUUUAUGCAAAUGUAGACUUUUGGGUGAUGAUAAAGGAUGUACGGAGACUAACUAAUCUUCAAGAAUUGCCAACAUUUAGUGUUCAAGAAGAGGAUGAACUCAAGCUUGGACAACUAAAGGAUUUGACACAGCUUCAUGAAACACUUUAUAUUCAAAAUCUUGAGAAUGUUGUUGAUAGCAAAGAAGCAAAACGGCCUGAGUUAAAGAACAAAGUCCACCUAAAAGAACUGAAGUUGGAAUGGAAUCAUGAGAAGGAUGCCAAGUUGGAAGAGGAAGGAUGGGAUGACGUUCUGCCUUUUAUUGGUCAACGUUUGCAUCUGAUUAAACUUCGCAUGUACAGCAUGCCUGCUUUGAAACAACUGAGUCAUGAAUUUGAAGGCAAGUGUUUUCCCAAGUUGGAAGUGCUUCAGUUAACCAAUUUGCCGGCAUUGGAGGAGUGGUCUUGGACAGAGGGCAAAGAUCUAUUUCCCUGCAUGCGUGAACUUCGCGUCAGCAGUUGUCCCAAACUAAAGAGAUUACCUCCCUUCCCUCCUUCCCUAGAAAUAUUGACAAUAGAAGACUGUCCCAAGCUCAUGUUAAAUAGCAAAACGGAAGAUGACGAGGAAGGUGGCUGCCACCUACCGCCCCCACUCAAGGUAUUGAAAUUGAGCUACUGUGGCAGAUACGCAAAACUUUUGCCCGACUGCUUGCACAACCUUCGUUUAGUUACUCAAUUGGCAAUUAAUGAUUGUCCAUACAUAACGUCUAUAUCUCUGGUUCAAUUGGUAGAACUGCAAUGCUUGUGCAUCUCUAACUGUGAUGAGUUGAUAAGGAUGGAGUGCUUAGGACUCCUUAAAUCCCUCUGGGAAUUGAAGAUCGUAAGAUGUUCUAAGCUGGUUCAGUUGGAUGUAGGAGAUGAGCAAGCAGGGAGCUUGUCAUCUCUGCGUAAAUUAUGCGUAGGCAGCACUGCUCUGCUUACAAUGUUUCCUCUGAGAAACUCACUGCCAUUCAUCACAGAACUUGUAAUUGAGUCAUGUUCUGAGGAGGUGAUAUUUGAGGAGGCGAUAUUGGUGCGAGACCUCAUUGCUGUUACAUAUCUAAGCUUCAGUGAUUGCAAAAAAUUACAAUCUCUGCCAACAGAGCUGCUGCAGAGCCUUCCCUCCCUACAAACAUUAGUAAUAGAUUGCUGUCCACAGAUCCAAUCACUGCCAGAGAAAGGACUUCCUCUCCGUCUCGAAUUCCUAUUUAUAUCUGGCUGUCCACAGAUUCAAGCGAUGCCAGAUGAGGGGCUUCCCAUGUCACUAAAUAUUUUCCAUUGCUUCGGUGAUGUUCAUCCAACGCUGAUGGAGCAGUCAAAAAGGAUGGGAGACAACCCACGCAUCGCCAACUCAGCGUCACAUCCCCGGCCGCCACCUUCAAUACUUUCAAACAGGAUCGGGUGGUAUAUAAAGGAGAAUUCUCUCCGUUGGCAAGACAGGAUCAUCUAUCUAAAAGAAUUGGUGUUGGAAUGGAAUCAGGAGAAGGAUACCAAGUUGGAAUGGGAAGUAAUUGAAGAACUGCAAUACUUGUACAUCUCUAACUGUGAUGAGUUGAGAAAUAUGGAGUGCUUAAGACACCUUAAAUCCCUCAAGGAAUUGACGAUCGUAGGAUGUCCUAAGCUGGUUCGGUUGGAUGUAGAAGAUAAGCAAGCAGGGGGCUUGUCAUCUCUGCGUAAAUUAUGCGUGGACAACACUGCUCUGCUUAAAAUGUCUCCUCUGAGACACUCACUGCCAUUUAUCACAGAACUUGUAAUUGAGUCAUGUUCUGAGGAGGUGAUAUUUGAGGAGGCGAUAUUGGUGCGAAGCCUCACUGCCGUUACAUCUCUAACCUUCAGUGAUUGCAAGAAACUACAAUCUCUGCCGACAGAGCUGCUGCAUAGCCUUCCCUUCCUAGAAAAAUUAAUGAUGUUUGACUGUCCACAAAUCAAAUCGCUGCCAGAGAAAGGACUUCCUCCCUCCCUACGGACAUUACGGAUAUCUUGUUGUCCACAGAUCCAAUCACUGCCAGAGAAAGGACUUCCUCCCUUUCUCAGAUCACUAUGUAUAUCUGGUUGUCCACAGAUUCAAGCGAUUCCGAAGGAGGGGCUUCCGAAGUCACUAUCAUCUUUCGAUUGCUCAGACGAUGUUCAUCCAACGCUGAAGGAGCAGUCAAAAAAGUUCACCGCGGAUCGGAUAGUCUUUGAUAAUUAA